GUCAUUCCUUUCUCCAGCUGGGGUCGUACCAGUUCAGAGAGCCGAGGUCAUCACUACCAGGCCACCGCUCCAUGCCUCUCUAUAGAGAGCACCUCACACAGCGGCAGCAACAACAACAAUAACAACAACAACAACAACAGUCACCAUGACAUCCACGCCCUCUCCAACCUCCCGGAGUUCAUGGAGUCAGUCAUCGACUCGCUUUUCAACCAAUCCGACAGCCACAGCUUACCAAUGAGCUCCCAGAAACCCCUGGUGGCCACAGCUCCACCCCGACUGCAGAAAGAGAACGGCAUGUUCAGGACUCCUACUGUCCGGCGUUCCCUCCUGGAGUUGUCUCCUCGUUCUCUGACCCCGUUCAGGUCUUCCAUGGUAGAGUGUAUAAAACAGGAACCUAUGGAGUGUGUUGUCUCAGCCCCAGACCAACAGCCAACCGGGGUCUCCCAGACCAACAGCCAUCCUUAAAGAAGAUCAAACAAGAGGUGGAGUCUCCCUAUCUACAGUGGGAAGGACCAGACAUCCACACCCAGCUCUUCUCCCCCUCCGGCCCCGCACAGGAAGUACCUGAUCUGCUGACUACUUCUGCACUGAAUGGAGACGGACACAAACCCUACCACCUCCCCGUCGGUCUCUGGGCAGCCCACUACAGCUCAACACUUGGGACCAAGUGGCUUGUGGGAAGGUGGAGGACCAAGUGGCUUGUGGGAAGGUGGAGGACAAGGUCUUGGCUUUAGAGCAUAAAUACAUCACUUCUUACUCUGCUAGGACCUUGGUCAUGUAAUAUAUACACAGACAGACAGACAGACAGACAGACAGACAGACAGACAGACAGACAGACAGACAGACAGACAGACAGACAGACAGACAGAAAGACAGACAGACAGACAGGCAGGCAGGCAGGCAGACAGAGACACUCGUUGGAUUCAAAGACCAAAGACUUUAAUUUGUUUAUUUCUAUUUCUAUUAUUUUGUAUUCAUGGGUUGUUUUGUCACCAUAUUGUUUUGAUCUUCUGAUCUGACGCCUGACUGAGCGUUCUACUCAAUACAUCGUCAAUGGUGAAGAUUGAAUCAAAAGUGUAUUACAGUCGGCUUGGAAGCACAAUGCCAUUCAAAAGGAGACAUUACAUUAGUAGGGAAACCUUUUGUCAUAAUUUUGAUGUCGCCAGAUUGACUUUAGCUGCAGUAUAACGUUAGCUAGCUAGCUAAGCUUGAAGGGAGACUGCCAGAUUGACUUUAGAUGCAGUAUAACGUUAGCUAGCUAGCUAAGCUUGAAGGGAGACCGCCAGAUUGACUUUAGCUGCAGUAUAACGUUAGCUAGCUAGCUAAGAUUGAAGGGAGACCGCCAGAUUGACUUUAGAUGCAGUAUAACAUUAGCUAGCUAGCUAAGCUUGAAGGGAGACCGCCAGAUUGACUUUAGAUGCAGUAUAACGUUAGCUAGCUAAGCUUGAUGGCAGGUCACCGGAUUUUAGCUAGCUAACGUUAGAAUUUGCUAGCUAUUUUUUUUACAAACUUUGCUAACUAAGUAAAUUUGAUGACAUGAUAAUGCUGACAAAGUUGUUUUUUCCUACUAAAUAUUUGACUACUUUUAGCAAUGUCAUCGUAUUUCCAGGCGCUAUAGUGUCAUUUAGACGAAACAGUAAUUAGCCUCCGCCCAGAAAGACUGGGCAUAUCACCACUAUGGCGCCGCCGAUAAGGGCGGCUUGAGAACGUUCAUAACAACGACGCGACCGAGUGACGGAGGUGCAACCUAUGAAUGGUUUUGUUAUUAUUUGGAUCCUGUGGGUAGUUUGUGGUAUUGAAUGUUGUAUUAUAAAGCAGGGAGAAAAAUGAUGUGCCUAUAAAUGAAUAAUAAUGGGGCUGUGUUUUUAAUAAUUCUAAGUUUUUAAUAUUUGAAUAUAAAAAAAAACAAGCUGAUUUAAUUUAUUUGCUUUAUUUUUUUUGUACCGCCGGCCUAUCGAGCGACAGUGUUUAAAACCGAACCCCUGACCCUAGCAUUAUUACGGGUUAAAACCAAAGUAAAUAUGAUUCAACGAUAGCUACUAUUCCACUCACAAUACACCUUUAACUUGUUGAGAGACCUUUACAAAGCCAUAUCAUAAUUAUAUGAGUGUCUAUGAUACCUGUUAACUUGUUGAGAGACCUUUACAAAGCCAUAUCAAAAUUAUAUGAGUGUCUAUGAUACCUGUUAACUUGUUGAGAGACCUUUACAAAGCCAUAUCAAAAUUAUAUGAGUGUCCAUGAUACCUGUUAACUUGUUGAGAGAACUUUACAAAGCCAUAUCAUAAUUAUGAGUGUCCAUGAUACCUGUUAACUUGUCGAGAGAACUUUACAAAGCCAUAUCAUAAUUAUGAGUGUCCAUGAUACCUGUUAACUUGUCGAGAGAACUUUACAAAGCCAUAUCAUAAUUAUGAGUGUCCAUGAUACCUGUUAACUUGUCGAGAGAACUUUACAAAGCCAUAUCAUAAUUAUGAGUGUCCAUGAUACCUGCCUUAACGUUUCACUGCUAGACAUUAAGAAGUCUAAUGUCAGCUCUUAUGUCAACCUUAUGAAUGGUUAUGAAUGAUCAUAUGAUGUUUAUGUGACAAUUGGGCCAGUCAAUUUAAAGUGUUACCUAACUAAACAAAGCUGGAAACAAACACCCCAAAUGGCUCCCUGUUCCCUUAAUGUAUUUGACCAGGAAGAGAGGGCCAUUUCAGGCAUAUUCUCGUUUUUUUAUAACCUGUAUGACCUUUAUUUGAUUGUUUCCUGUCUUGAUACCGUGUCAUAGUGGAAACAUUUCCAUUCCACUAUAUUAAUAUUAUUGUUGUUUUAUAUACUUUUUGAUAAAACCCCUAAAGUCUUACACUGAGUUUACUGCGACGUUUUCAAAGCAUCAAACUAUGACCCAAUCCCAAACUGAGCCGUAGACCCUACGCCCUGUGAUCGCCCCAUAGACCCUAUGACCUAUGAUUGUGCCCUAGACCCUACGACCUAUGCAGCUCUGAGAUGAUUUCACAGGUGUAAGCAAAAUGUGACUAACCGGCUCAAUUCGGUUAAAAUUAAGUUUUUUUUUUUACAUUGGAUUAAAGUAGAGAUUCAGAGCUACAACAUGGUAGAUCACUAUAGUUGGGGAACAAUGGGAAAGUUAUUCUGCUUUGAAAGUUGAUAAACUUGUAAACUCACUUUUUGAGAAAAUGGCCUUUGAAUGUUUUGGUACCUACCGGAGAGCUCUUCUUUGUCUACACCCAUUCAGCAUCGUUCACACCCUCUUAAACUUUAGCCCCACCCAUCUUUUUAAUGGUUGAGCCGAGCAUUUUGUACUGACAACAUCAGCCAGGCACCCAAGCUAAAUUGCUAGCUACUUCCUAGCUACUUCCUGCCACAAAAUAACAACUCACUGAACAUUACUCGCCCUAGCAGAGCUGGUUAGGCUGCUAUGUUAUCCAGAGCGUUGGUGACUGAUUGUCCGUUCGUAAAUUCAGAGUGUUCAGAGCGCACAUUGCUCGCUCUGGUUGAUCCGAACAUUCUGACCUUACAACUACAGUCAAGCACCCAAGCUAACUGGCUAAUGUUGGCUAGCUUGCUAAUUACUUCCAGACGCAUAAUGAGAGAACACCUCACUCUGACCAUUUUACUCUCCCUAGCAGAGCUGGUUGGGCUGUUUUCAUGUUAUCCAGAGUGUUGGUGACUGUAACUGUGCUGCUGGCAAGAAUUACAUUUUUUUGCCGACGUUUGUUGACACCGACCGUAUUCAACGAAUGUUGAGCAUUCGUAAAUUCAUCAGUAAAUUCAUCAGCCCUCUGGCACACUCAGAUGAGAGUCUUUUGUUAAGACAUGUAGCUAGCUAACUAGGUAAAAAAUGAACCAUAAUCCCAACGUGAUGUUACUCGUGACAUUACUACCCUGCAUGAAUCUGAACCAACCAGAACCAACCAGGUUCAAUGUUAUCUAGCUAACAUUAGGCUGUAACUAGCAAAGCAAAUGGUUCUGAGAUCCAAAUGAUGAGAUCAUACACGUAAUAUUAGCUUGCUAACAGUACACUUUCUGUCAAAAUUAGAAAUGUGUAAUAUCUGAAAAUGUAGCUAGCUAGGUGGAUGGACGCGUCUCCUAUCGGAUGCCACUGUUGGCCUUAGUUUGAAGAUGUAAUCCGGAGACAGGUGUUUUCUCCAUGUCCUUAGUCAUCAUACUUUAAUUCCACUGAUUUGAAAACUCGGUCCACCAGAAAGUGGAGAGCAUACGUGUAACGUUAGCUAGCUAACAGUACAUUUUAACUUGACAUUAGGCUUAUGCAGUUUAACUACGUGAUAUAUUUUUUUAAAGCCCAGUUAGACAGGAUUCCCUAGACAUACUCAAAAAUAUAGAAGCGUGCUGUAUGGCAGACCAAUCCAAACUCAUCUCUCGGCAUGUCCAGCCCACACAUUAUCUCAGCCAAUCAUGGCUUGCGGGAAGGUUGCUGACUUUUUCUGUGGCUAAACCAACUAGGCUCAUCAUUUAACAAUUGUAUUCCUAUUUACAGAUGACAUACAAGUUUGUUAUUAAGGCACAUGAAAGUUCACAUGUUCGAGAAGACAUUUCUGCCCAAAAAUAUGCAUUUAAAAUACACUCAAAGGGCUCUGGUGUGUAGUAGUGGCCUACAACAUACACAUAGUGUCCUGAAACUGGUCACAUAUGGUAAUAGUUAGUUAAUUAGACCCAACAAAUCAUCUCAGAUCUCCGAAAGAGGGCUUAGGGGCUAUGUCUCCAUUUGGGAUUGGGCCUACGAGCUGAACCCAGUAAAAUGUUUUAAAGCUGCACUUGAAUGACAGAGCUUUUUUUCUCUGUGAACACUGUUAUUAUUAUAAUUAUUAUGAAUAUUAUUACUACAAACUUGGGUCCAAAGUAUCUCAAUGUUUGGUAAACAUGUCUUUAAAAAUAUUUCUUUUCAUAUUUGUUGGUUAGUUUUUUUUAACGCCAUGUUUGAUACUAAGACUGCAGUAGCCAAUCAGCAUGUUUGAUACUAAGACUGCAGUAGCCAAUCAGCAUGUUUUAUACUAAGACUGCAGUAGCCAAUCAGCAUGUUUGAUACUGAGACUGCAGUAGCCAAUCAGCAUGUUUGAUACUGAGACUGCAGUAGCCAAUCAGCAUGUUUGAUACUAAGACUGCAGUAGCCAAUCAGCAUGUUUUAUACUGAGACUGUAUUAGCCAAUCAGCAUGUUUGAUACUAACAGGAGGAAAUCCUUUUGAUAUUUGAUGCCUUUCUUUUAGGACAAAUACAUUUUAUAAAAGCAUUUUAUAAGGCCAUGUUUUAAUACUUUUGUAUACUGCCCAGUCAAUAAAGUGUGUAUUUUUUAAAUGCUGA